AACCUAGCGAAGGUCCCCUUUAAUAUCUGGUGUUUUCAGAGUCCAGAGGUGGUGGCUUCUGUGGGGAAACUGAGCUACAACCAGCUGGUGGAGAAAAUCAUCGACUACAAACACUCAGCAGACAGCAGCCGAGUCAGUGAAGGUCUGGUAGCAGAGCAGUUCCUAGAGUCCACAGCGACCCAGCUCUCCUAUCACGGUCUGUGUGAACUCAACACGACGGCCAAGGAGGGAGAGAUCUCUGUGUUCUUCAGAAACAACCACUUCAGUACCAUGAUCAAACACAAGGGCCACCUGUACCUGCUGGUGACCGACCAGGGCUUCCUGCAGGAGGACAGUCUGGUCUGGGAGUCUCUUCACAACGUCGAGGGAGACGGGAACUUCUGCGACUCCGACUUCAGGCUGUGUCAUCCUCCGCAGAGAGCGCCGCCGAACGCCACCGCCGCCGCCAGCCUGGCGCCCAGCGCCCAGGACCAGCAGAGACAGAUCGACCAGGACUACCUGGUGGCGGUGUCCCUGCAGCAGCAGCAGAGCGGGGCCCCUCAGCGACCUGGAGUUGGCCGACAGCUCCAACAGGAAGAAUACCAGCAACAGCAACAGCAACCACAGCAACAACAGGGAUCGCCUGCUGCAGCAACGCAGGUCAGAGGUCAGGGUCACAGCAGGGCGCGCCGCAGAGAAGGAGAAGGACUUCGGACUGUGUCGUCCUAUAGACUCCUUUUAUUAUCAUUGUAA